AUGGCGUCCGUCUUUGCCUCCUCAAAUACCGCAGUUAUUACGGGUGGCGCCUCAGGCAUUGGCCUAGCAAUUGCCCAAAGAUGUCUCGAUCGACAAAUGACAGUGGUCAUAGUUGACCGUGAUACAAGGCUUCUCGAUGAGGCUAAAUCCACACUGAGGGGCUCAGUAAAAUUAUUCGAGAUGGACGUCAGCAUCUUGCAGGACUGGGAGAGGUUGAAGAUUGAAGUCAACAGCACACUUGGUGGCCGAAUCGACUUGUUAGUUCUCAACGCUGGUGUUGGCGGCAAAUCAAGCUGGCAGGAUCUGGACAGCUUCCAUCGCAUCAUCGACACAAACCUGUACGGUAUUGUUAACGGCAUCAACACCCUUUUGCCUUUGGUGGGCAAUGGACAAUCUUCCCAGUCGGCCGUGGUCAUUACAGGCUCAAAGCAAGGCAUCACGAAUCCACCAGGGAACCCGGCCUAUAACGCCAGCAAGGCGGCUGUCAAGUCCGUUGCCGAACAUUUGUCAUUUGAUCUUAGAAACACCGCUACAACAGCGCACCUUCUAGUGCCAGGUUGGACUUUCACUGGCCUCGCCGGUGCUGGUUCCGGCAGACAAAAGCCAGCCGCCGCCUGGAGUCCUGAGCAAGUAGCUGAGUAUUUGGAACAGAAAAUGGAGUUGGGCUUAUUUUAUAUCAUUUGCCCGGACAACGAGGUGACGGAAGACCUGGAUUGUAAGAGGAUGCUUUGGAGCGUUGGGGACAUCGUCCAUGGCCGGCCUCCGUUGAGCAGGUGGCGCGAGGAAUAUAAGGAAAAGGCACAAGAGUGGAUCAUCAAAGAUACGUAG